GACUGUCAGAGAUGCGUCGGUGCCUAUGACUAUUACGCAAGUUCGCGCCUUUCUGGGCCUGGCCUCGUACUACCGAAGGUUUAUCAAGGGCUUCGCGGCGAUUGUGGGACCCCUCACGAAUCUACUGCGAAAGGACCUGUCGUUGAUCUGGACGCCGGAGUGUGAUCAAACGUUUUCGGAACUCAACGCCGCCCUUAUUUCGGCCCCGGUCCUUAUAAGGCCGGAUCCCGAAAAGUCUUUUGUCCUCAUUACUGACUGGCAGCCAGAGGCAAUUUCGGCGAUUUUGGCCCAGGUGGGACCAAGCAGACUUGAGAACAGGGUGGAGUAUGCCUCCAAAUCGGUGCCCACCUGCAAGCGUAACUACGCCGCUCCAACAGGAGAAUGCUACGUGGCUCUUUGGGGAAUCAGUCACUUUCGAGCUUACUUGUACGGGCGGAAGUUCACAUUGGUAACCGAUCAUGAGCCUCUGCUAGCCCUGAAGAAAUCUAAGGAUUACUCGGGCAUGAUCGGGCAAUGGGCAACGGUGGUGCAGAGCAUGGACUUUGACAUUCGUCACCGGAAACACGAAAGGCACGGGAAUGCAAACGGGUUGACACGACUGCACCAACCUGAGAAGGUUCCAAAGAAUGAGGAGGUGAUUCCGUGGAACGAACCGAAGAAGGAGAACGGACCUCGGUACGGCCAAGUGGAGAUCCUGUCAAAGGAGUAAGUGACACGGGUCCAUUUUUGUUCUGCCCCCUAUGCAACUCAGUCCCAUUUCUUCCUCUCUGCCAUCAUGACUACCCCACCCGUCUC